CUUGGAAGGACCCUGAGCGAGUGAGCGAGCGAGCAAGAGAGAGAGUGAGCGUGAGGACCCCAGCUGCUGGAACAUCCAGGUGUGACGGCAUGGAGGCCAACUUCUCCCUUCCCACCAAUGCCACCGCCCCGGCUGUGCAGGCCGUCUCUGCUGGCUACGUGGCGCUGGAUGCGUUCUCUUACUUGGUGAUGGCGGUCACCUUCGUGCUGGGCGUGCUGGGCAAUGGGCUGGUGGUGUGGGUGGCUGGCUUCCGCAUGGCCCGCUCCGUCACCACACUCUGCUACCUGAACCUGGCUGUGGCUGACCUCUCCUUCACCUCCACGCUGCCGUUCCUCACGGCAUCCAAGGCCUUGGGCCGCUGGCCCUUCGGCUGGUUCCUCUGCAAGCUCAUCUUCACUGUGAUAGAUAUCAACCUGUUCGGGAGCGUCUUCCUCAUCGCGCUCAUCGCCCUGGACCGCUGUGUGUGCGUCCUGCAUCCCGUGUGGGCCCAGAACCAUCGCACAGUGGGCCUAGCCCGCAAGGUCAUCGCGGUGCCCUGGGCAUGCGCUCUGCUCCUCACCCUGCCAGUGAUCAUCCGCGUGACAACGGUGCCCCAAGCCGGAGGACGAACGGCCUGCACCUUUGACUUCUCGCCUUGGACCCGGGACCCCGCGGAGAGGGCCAGGGUGGCGAUUGUCAUGCUGACCAUCCGUGGGAUCAUCCGCUUCAUCGUGGGCUUCAGUGCACCCAUGGCGGUGGUGGCUGUCUGCUACGGGCUCAUCGCUGCCAGGAUGCGCCGUCAGGGCCUGCUCAGGUCCAGCCGGCCGCUGCGUGUCCUCUCGUUCGUGGUGGCCGCCUUCUUCCUCUGCUGGUGCCCCUACCAGCUCGUGGCCCUCGUGGCCACUGUCAGGAUCCGGGAGCUCUUGGGCGGCGUGGGGAGCGAUCUGGCAGUGGCUGUGAAUGUGACCAGUGCCCUGGCCUUCUUCAACAGCUGCCUCAACCCCAUGCUCUACGUGUUCAUGGGGCGGGACUUCCGCCAGCGGCUGCUCCACUCACUGCCCGCAGCGCUAGAGAGGGCCCUGAGUGAGGACUCUGCCCAGACUAGCGACACAGGGACCAAUGAUGUGGCACCUCCCGCAGGAGCUGAGGAACGGGCAGUGUGAAGGCAGGAGGAUGGGCUCCCUAUCCCACUUCCUGCCUUGACUUACCUCGUGUCCACCUUACUGUCUGCUGAAUUUAGGGUCAGCCAUGCAUAAGGGGGAAAAAUACACUCCCUGAUUUUGGGGAAAAAUACAGUAGACUGCCGGGUGCCUGUGGCUCAUGCCUGUCAUCCUAGCUACUCAGGAGGCUGAGAUCUGAGGAU